AUGUUUCGUGACCAUGGCGUCGGAAUUGGCAUCAUCAACGGCGGCCUCGACACCGCCGUCAACCACGCCGCGAUCCACGGCCGCAUGAGCCCAGAUUCACCUCCCGGCAUGACGGCGUCCAAGAGCUCCAAGUCGUCUUCCUUCCAUUCGUUAAACAGCGACGACGGCAGCGUCCUCGCAGACGUCGGCCAUUUCGAAGACAUUGGCCUGGAUGACCGUGUCACCCCAAAGGCUGCGCCACAACCCGUUCGGCAGCCUCGAGAUCUCGCCUCGGCCAAACGAGCGCCGCACCCGAAGCGAUCUUUUACCAACCUCAACGGCGCUUCUCAAGGCUCAAACCCGCGAAGCCCAAACUUCCCAACUCUGUCUGACCCACGACCAAUCGCAACUCUGACCAAGGGAUAUUCCACCUCGUCUGUCCCGCAGUCUCGCCGUCAUCGCAGCUCCAGUCCGGGCAUUGCGCUCAAUCCUCGAGAUCCGAGUCUGCCUGGCCGGCCGCGUCGAGGCAGCUGGCAAGUGAGCCGAGACCGCAAAUCUAUCUCGGAGCUAGAGCAAGAAUGCGACGACGACGAAGACGAUGACGACAUCCCUGACGGUCUUUUCCUCGAUAAUGUUCCCAUUUCCCCACGCCCACAACAUGAACGACCCGUGAGCCGGCCUUCAUCUAUAAAAUCUCCUUCGCCCUCUCCCAACCGCCGACAAAAGAGCCCCCGAGUUCGCAGCGUCGGCGCCGGCACGCCUCCUGUCGCCCAGGCACAAGGCUCACUACGGUCGCCAAGGCAGCCUCCCAGCCCUCUCAGAGGCAAAGCCCAGACCUGGAACAUUGCGCUUUCAGAAUUGAGUGCCGAAGCAAAAGCUCUUACCGAGAAACUCGAGGAGCACGCCGACGAGCAGCACGAAAUCGAAGCCAAGCGACAUGGCGCCGUUGUACGGCCCAAUACUUGGGAUCCGAAUCAGUCUGUUAAAAUUGAUGGUGUCCACGACAAGAAAAAGGGGCGCGUCAAGUCUUCUUUCGCUGAGCUGCCGCCACUGCGUCGCUCCAACAUCAUGAUUGACCCGCUCCCUAUUUCCAAGGAGAAGGAAGCCGUUCUCAGCCGCACUCGACCGUCGUGGCUGCCUCCCAAGGAUCCCGCCGAAGAACGCCGUCAUUUACGCGAAUAUCAGAAGCUGAUGCUUGCCAGUGUCAAGGCAGAGGAGCGCCGUGAAGCAGCGCGAAAGAGCAAGGCAAACGCCAAGGACACCAACGCGGACAAGGCCAUGCACAUCUGGGAGGACGAUAUCCUUCCACGAUGGAACCAGGCUAUUCGCGAGAAGAAGACGAGAGAGUUGUGGUGGAAGGGAGUGGCGCCCCGCAGCCGGCGAGCUGUAUGGGCCAAAGCAAUUGGAAACGAGCUUGGUCUCACAGAGGCAUCUUUCAAAGCAGCACUGGCCCGGUCAGACGAGCUGGAGAAGAGAGUCAAAACAGAUAGGGGAGAUGCCGAAGAUCUGAGGCGCGUCAAGUGGUUUGAACAGAUUCGCAAAGACGUUGCUGAGAAGACGUGGAGGGAUCUGCGCAUCUUUGAAGUGACUGGUCCACUUCACCAGGGCCUGGUAGAUGUGCUGAGAGCCUAUGCCAUGUACAGGAACGACAUUGGCUAUGUGUCAGGGUGUAAUACUAUAGCCGCCCUGCUUUUACUUAAUCUACCGAACCCCGAAACAACCUUUAUUGCCCUCGCAAAUGUACUUAACCGCCCUCUACCAUUGUCAUUUUAUACUUUUGAUCGCGGCGCGCAGGCAUCCGCAUACAACUUGGUGCUCGAAUCGCUCAAGACCAAGUCGGAUUCCUUGUAUCAUCACUUGACCAAGACGGUCCCCGGCGUCCAGCUUGACCACUAUCUCGCAAACAUCUUCACUAGCCUAUUUACAGGGCAUCUGGCCAUUGACGAAGCAGCAAGGCUCUGGGAUGUAUACGUCUUCGAAGGCGAUACGUUACUGGUACGAGCGGCCGUUGCCAUUAUCCUUAGCCGAGAGGUAGAUUUGCUUGUGAGCAAGACUGCUGAAGAGGUCAAGGCUGUCAUGCUACGGACCAGUGCAGGCGCCUCAUCAGCACGAGCAGUGAGCGAAGUUGGCGCUGAAGAUCGAUUCAUGCAGAGUGUCCGCGAUGCAGGGAAACACUAA